AUGCGUGACGACACAGGCAGCUUCGAAUGUAACUAUUGCAAGGCGACAUUCCGUCGCCAGGAGCACCUCACAAGGCACAUACGGACACACACCAGCGAGCGGCCUUUUACCUGCCAAGAAUGCGGCAAAAGGUUUUCUCGCGUCGACACCUUAUCCCGCCACGCUGCUUCUCACCGCAACGACCCUCUGUCUUCAACUGGACCUCUCGUGUCUAAUCGGGCCUGCAAAGAGUGCGCAACGAGUCGUGUGCGGUGCUCUAGAACCGAUCCUUGCCGGCGCUGCGCUGAGAAGAAGAUCAAGUGCAAUUAUCCGACAACUCGAAAGCGCAGGGCUUCCCCGAUAACCCGGCCGAUCGAUGCUAUUAGUAGAGGCAAUUAUGACGGUUUUGGUCCAUCCCCAGAGACGGCCGCGUACAGUGUAAGACCAGUUGGGCUUGAGUACAUUGCGGAUGAGGACAGCACGCUUGUGACGCGGGUGCCCGUAUCAUCAAAUCUCCGGGACCCGAACGUACCGGACAACAUUGAGCGCGCUCUCGUGAUGCAGAAGACAACGUCAAACGAUACGGGUAUUGAGACAGGCGUGUUCACAAACGCGAUAGCUGAAGGAAUGACUCAACCAGUAAACCCUGUCGUCAACGGAGACACAAUGCAGCUUCCGGACGGCGAUGUGAUAAUAUCAAACCCCGAGGACCUCUAUAAUAGCUUCAACCAAAACCCACCUCUAGCGGGGGAGGAGUUCGUCAUGCCCUCGAUUAAUUGGAUGUCGCCUCAGUAUCAGGCCAGUUUUGACUGGAUCAGUCAACUCCCACCCUUCACAUUCGGGGCCAUUGAUCCUGACCUAUGUGGCCUGCCGUUUCAACCCACGACCGCUACUGCGCAACAGCAAACGGAACCAGACCUCGCGAACGUCGGGGUGGUGGAACCGGAAGUCCGUUGCCAUCCUACGAGACAAGAAAGCCAAACAACUCCCAGCCUCAGCCUUCCAAUGCCAUCCCCGGGCCCCAGCGACAGCCUAACAAGAUCAGAGAUAUCCAACCCUGUCGAAGGAACCUAUUAUGUCGAUGGCAGCGAGGCUCGGGCAUCGUUCAAAGGUCGCGCGCAUCGACGACAAUCGAUCUUGAGUGUCGGAGGCCUAGUAAACUCUCCUUCUGAAGCUUCAACUCCUAUCAAUAGCUUCACGUCUGACUCUGGCAAAUCUGCGCCCUCACAAGGAAGUCUACUGUCCAUUCGUGCUUAUGAAAACCUUCUUGAGAGUCUCCAGUCCAGAUCUCAUAUCCACCCUCCCAACUGGGAUCCAAGUGCCUUUCCACCGUUUGCAGAUGCCCAGCAUCUCUAUCGACUGUAUUUCAGGCACUUUCAUCCCACAUAUCCAUUUCUCAGACGGGAUUCCUCUGUAUACGAAGAAAGUGGUCAUUGGAUAUUAUGUUUGGGUAUCCUAGCUGUGGGCUCUAUAUUCUCUACGAAUCCGGACGCGAAACAGGCUCGCGAGGUCCUAUUCGCUCUUCUACGAGCAUCAUUGUCCCAACUGGAGCACAAAGACAAGGCCUCUGAGCCUCGGAAUCUUCUUUUUUCGGACCCGCCGAGCAAAUUUGCUGACUUGCCAGCUGUUCAGGCAGCCGUGCUCAAUGUUGUAUGCGUGCUUGGGAGCGGCAACGGGAAUGCGGUAAGGGAAGCACUGUUGGAGAGAUAUCAUCUGGUAGAUGCCUGUCGGUUUCUAGACUUGUUCAAGGCACCAGAGAUAACUUCUCUCCACACCAAGGACGAUUUGGAAAGUUGGCUAGGGACGCAGUCCAGAAUUCGCGCUGGCCUCAUGGUCUGGUUGAUUGAUUCUAUCCUCACGUUUGAGUUUGGUCAUGCGCCUCUAUUGCAACUAUGUGACGUGAGCGUGACCCCCUUGCCGACUUGCGACGAUCUAUGGGAUCACACGACUAUAAAGCAAGCCGCCAAACAUAUCAAGACAUCAGUGACCAUCCUCGAGGCCGUACAAAUGCUGUACAUGGAAAAGAGGCAUCCUCCAAACACCGGAGGCCUCGGUACGACGGUUUUGAUCUACGCUAUUCUUCGUAGAACUAGAGAAGCCAGUUCUCAGCACCAGAAUAGGCUGAUAUUCUGGGUUCCCAACGCCGCGGUACAGCAAUCCACACCUGUAAGACCAGUCGAAGACACUUGGCCCCCCGCGUUACCAAUCAUCUCAAGGUGGCGUAAUAGUGCCUGUGACUGCCUAGAUAUACUCCAUUGGAAUGUCAACGGCAUGAUUAGUAAAUCCGGUGGCUGGGAACCCCCCAUUGUUCUACACCUUCAUCUCUCACGGCUCUUCCUCUUGACUCCUACCCAGCACCUGCAAACAUUGGCUACGGAGGCUUUGUUGAACUCAGCAGUUGACAGUGCCAAAGCUGCUAAAGCGCGGAGCCAUAUCCUCCAGUGGGCUUUGCGCGACCAAUACAAAGCAAGACUUUCGGUUAUACAUUCGGGUGCUCUACUUUGGCAUGUCCGACGCUACAGUAGUGGCAGCUUUUUAGAGCCGUUCGGCAUACUCAUCGCAACUCUCGUAAUAUGGGCCUACAGUACGUCCGUGAAUCUUGCCAGGCAGCAGCCCCAGGCAUGCAAUCCUGAGAGUUCCAAUGAGAACGAAAAUACUUCGUCUCAGCGUUCUCAUCCAGAAGAUUCAGAGGCAGAUCCGGAACCUGCGUUCUUACACUUGGAUCGACCGUGCGACGACGAGAUGGUCCAGCUGUAUGUCCGACUUGGCCACAAGAUGUCUGGUCACCUUUCGAAAGUUGGCGACAUUUCCCUUCCAGAGGCUCCCCGUAAGAUCUUGGAGCAAGGCGUGUACAUGCUUGUCGGCCACCCGCCGGAAAAUCGAGGAAUCGACGGCAGGGAGGAGGCUCCAACAGCACCCGAGACACCUCUGGUAUGGGGGAUCGAGAAACCAUGUGCUGAUUUGCUCAAUGGCCUGAUUCUGUUGGUAAAGGGCAUCUGA